GAGAGUGGGCGGGGCCUGGCGCGCGCCGCUCCGACGCGCCAAACUGCGCUGAGCUGAUGUGAUGCACGCGACACCUCCUGCUUAGCGGUAGCGUUAUUACGCAGUACUAUGUAGACAAAUUAUAUCCAGCAGCGCGAAUAAGAGUUGCGGUAAGAGCGACCGCUUUGCUGUCAGAUAUUCCGGUGAAUGAGACGAGUCCCGUUCAGCUUGGAUUGCGAGAAGCUUCGCUUGGAGGAGGCGAGAACAGGACAGCUCAUGUACCACAAGUGAAGCACAAAGAAGGUUCAGCUGGAAUUCCAUACGUACGCGAUCGGAUGUAAGUCAUCUUUAACCCACGAAACCUGAAGAUGAAGUUGCUAUGGAAACUACUGGUGCUGCAGUCAUUCAUGGGGUAUCUCGCAGUGGACAAUGUACUGCAGGCUCCCAUUAUCACCAAGCAACCCGGCAGCAUCGUAUUCCCAGUGGACUCCUUGGAGAAAAGUCAAGAGGUUGUGUUUAGUUGCGAAUCUCAAGGACAGCCUCCACCAUUUUACAGGUGGAAGCUCAAUGGCACCAGCAUUGAUCCAACAUUUGAUUCGCGCUACACCCUCUUUGGUGGAAACCUUCGCAUCACCCGGCUGAACAAAGACCAGGACUCUGGGAUCUACCAGUGCUUUGCCUCCAAUUCAUUUGGGACCAUCGUAAGCCGCAAGGCCAGCCUUACCUUUGCAUAUCUGGAAAACUUCAGGACUCAUCGAAGGAGUGCGGUAUCUGUAAGGGCUGGACAGGGAGUUGUGCUUCUGUGUGGCCCACCUCCUCACUCAGGAGCCCUUACGUUCAGCUGGAUUUUUAAUGAAUAUCCAUCAUACGUGAAACAGGAUUCACGAAGGUUCGUGUCACAGGAGACAGGGAACCUCUACAUUGCCAAGGUGGAACCAUCUGAUGUGGGCAACUACACAUGUGUCGUCACCAAUACUGUCACAAAAACACAUGUUCAUGGCCCGCCCACUCCUCUUAUACUGCGCACUGAUGGUGUUAUGGGAGAAUAUGAACCAAAGAUUGAAGUGCAAUUUCCAGAGGUGGUCCAGGUUGCUCAAGGUGCAACUGUGAAACUUGAGUGCUUUGCUUUGGGCAAUCCUGUCCCUUCCAUAAUAUGGAGGCGUGUUGAUGGCAUCCCAUUCUCUCGUAAAGUGGACAUGAGGAAGGCCAGUGGCAUCCUGGAGAUCCCGUAUUUUGAGCAGGAUGACGCCGGCACCUAUGAGUGUGUCGCUGAGAACUCCAAAGGGAGGAACUCAGUGCAGGGCAAGCUCUCUUUCUAUGCUCCUCCACACAUGAUUGAAAAACCACAGGACAUGCAGAAGGCCAUUGAUGACUCUCUGGUGUGGGAGUGUAUGGCCAUAGGCAAACCCAAACCCUCCUAUAGGUGGAUGAAGAAUGGAGAAAAUUUGGAACCUGCAGAGGAAAGGGUGCAGGUAGUUAAUGGCGCUCUAUCUAUUAGUCGCUUGGUGUUGUCCGAUGCCGGAAUCUACCAAUGCGUGGCUGGGAACAAAUACGGGGAGGUGUACUCCAAUGCGGAGCUCAGAGUAAUUGCCGUGGCUCCGGAUUUUGGAGCAAAUUUGCUGAAGAGCCACAUUCUGGUGAAGGAAGGGGGUGAUGUGCUGAUUGAUUGCAGGCCUAAGAUGUCUCCCCGAGGCCUGAUCACCUGGAAAAAAGGCAGUGAGGCACUAAGAGAGAAUAGCAGAAUGACUGUUCUGGAGAGCGGAAGUCUGCGAUUAUCCAAUGCCAUGAAAUCAGAUGCCGGCCUCUACACAUGUGUAGCACGCAACCAGUUCGGCGUAGCAAGCAGCUCAGGGAUGCUGAUGGUGAAAGAGGCCACGGUAAUCACUACUCCUCCUUCAACACUGGACGUUACAGUGGGUGAGAGCAUUGUUUUGCCCUGUCAGGUGACCCACGACCCCUCACUGGAGCUCAAGUUUACAUGGUUUUUCAACGAGCAGCUUAUCCAUUUUGGCAGUCAUGGAGGAUACUUUGAGAAAGUUGGUAGUCAUUCAUCCGGAGACAUCAUGAUUCGGAACAUUCAGAUGAAACAUGCAGGGAAGUACACAUGUGCUGUGCAGACCAAGGUGGACAGCAGCUCUAUUGCCAUGGACCUGAUUGUCAGAGGUCCCCCUGGUCCCCCUACCAGCGUCCAUGUGGAAGAACUCUCAGAUUCCACAGCCACUCUCUCCUGGAAGCCUGGUCCUGAUAAUCACAGUCCAAUUAUCACCUACACUAUCCAGGCUAGAACCCCCUUUUCACUGGGAUGGCAAGCUGUCACCACAGUGCCAGAAGAUAUAGGGGGUCGCCGUCUGACAGCUACAGUGAUCGAGCUCAGCCCUUGGGUGGAGUAUGAGUUUCGAGUGGUGGCAAUCAAUGCACUGGGUACAGGUGAGCCCAGCAAACCCUCCAAGCAAGUAAGGACCAAGGAUACACCCCCCAAGGUCACUCCAGCGAAUGUGAGUGGAGGAGGUGGAAGCCGAUCAGAAUUAGUUAUCACUUGGGAGCCUGUUCCUGAGGAACUUCAGAAUGGCCCAGGUUUCGGCUAUGUGGUGGCUUUUCGACCGUUUGGUGCCACAGGGUGGAUGCAGGCUGCUGUACCUUCUGCAGAGGCCUCCAAAUAUGUCUUCAAGAAUGAAAGCAUCCAGCCAUUCUCCAAGUUCCAAGUCAAAGUGGGCGUCUACAACAACAAGGGUGAAGGGCCUUUUGGGCCACUUGUCACAAUCUACUCAGCUGAAGAAGAACCUGCCAGAGCACCUACACGGGUAAGAGUUCAAAGCCUUUCGGCAUCAGAAGUAGAGGUGACGUGGAAAACCCUCCCAUGGAGCACGAGCAGAAGGCGUGUUCUUGGCUAUGAGCUGAGAUACUGGGAGAAGAAGGAGAAAGAGGAUAUGGCUAGUGUGUUAAGGACGGUGGGCAAUCGGACAUCAGCUAUUAUUCAGGGUUUAAAAGGGAGCAGCACAUACUAUAUCACAGUGAGGGCCUACAAUACAGCUGGAGCUGGACCACCAAGUGCAGCAGUCAAUGUGACCACCAAGAAACCUCCUCCCAGUCAGCCUCCUGUAAAGGUAAUGUGGAACACAUCCAACUCCAAGAUCAUACUGAAUUGGGAGCAAGUGAAAGCUUUGGAGAAUGAAUCUGAGGUCAUGGGAUAUAAGGUUUUGUACAAGCAAAACAGACACAGUCGUCCUAGAGUGAUGGAGACCAACACCACAUCAGUGGAGCUGUCUCUGCCUCCAGAUGAAGAAUACAUCAUUCAGAUAAAGCCCUUCGGAGAAGGAGGAGAGGGCAGCAGCAGCAAACAAAUCACAAUCCCCAGAAUAUCUGGCCCCAACGCAAUUGGAUCUGCAUCCAGCGUAUCUACUCUCUCAGCCCUCAGCACAAUAGCUCUGUCACUCACAGCCCGGACAUCCUUAUGACGCAGCGCAGUCCACAUACUUGAAAACAUAUGUUCUCAUUUUAGAAAGGAGACUCUGAGAGAGAGAAAAAAAACCCUAAAAUGGGUUUACAGUUUGCAAUGCUGUUAAGAACAGGAUGGCUGGUCUUGAAUUUGUUGUUACCAAAGCUGAUCGUACUCAAAAACUGAAUACACACACACACACACACACACACACACACACACACACACACA